ACAACUCUACAGUAAAGGAAAAACCCUUCCUUUCUCUUGCUUCAGCCCCCAUUUUACAGUACCUCACCCAUCUUUGUAAUUUCUCAGUCAUGGCUAUCACAUAAGAAAAAAAAGAAUUUAUUUCUUCUCUUUUCCUUAUCUUCAACGAAUUUCACUAUCUUUGCCCCUCUUUAUUUCUUCUCUGUUCAAUUUUUCAAAUACACUAAUCUGGUUAGACACUUGAUUUUCACCUGAAAAAAGAAAAAAAAUGAAUAUUGCACAAGUAACUCUUUCAAAUAACUCAAAUAACUCUAGAAUUGAAAUCCUUGACCCGGAAUAAUGGAAACUUAGAGCGGAAAAUCGGAGAGUGAUUGAAGAAUGAGAUGUUGCUUUUCCCUUCUGAUGGUUUGAAGGCACAAGAAAUUUUACAAACAGUCAAUGCUUUUGGGUGGAGGUCUUUUGUUCAGUGCCCGAGAGACUACAAUCGGAACAUAGUUCUGGAGUUCUAUAGCAAUCUUAAUCCAGUAAGUCGUACUUCAACUGUGAGAGGAACAAAUGCUUGUUGAUAGUGGAAAUGAAGUGGAGAAUGAGCCAGAACAACCUCUUAAUUCAGAAAUUGGAACCACGCCUACCAUCCUCGUUCCUGAUAUUCUCAUUACUAUGCAAGAAUUGUUACAAAGGCAGACUGAAUUGAUGAACAGUUGGGAGAUUUUCAGAAGUAAACAAGUAGUGCGUGAAGAAGUAUUGUCAGCACAUGUUGAACAUAUCAUGAAAGAAUUAACGGAAGCUAGAAAUACUCAUAAUCUCAUAUGCCAAACUUUGCAAAAUCAUUUUGCAUAUACCUCUCCCAUAAUCUACACAAUGAGAACUGUGAUGUGCAAUAUUGCUAACACUAUGAGAAGUUCUGAUAUUCCUAGUUUUUUUCCUCAUUUUACUGUUCCAGGUGGUGGUAGCCUUAAUGUUACAGGUGCAAAUCUCGAUCAGGGAACACAUGUAUUUGUACCAAUACCACUUCCCACAACAAUGAUGGAUUUAAACAGGGGAAGUGGAACUACACCAAGUCCGAUGAUAUUUAGUAGUCAGCCCCUUUCUGUUUUCUCUAAUUUGGAAGUUAACCAUGGAGUUGCUACAACUGGAGGUUCGUCAGUUCCUAUUCAACAAGAAAAUGGUUUUGAUGUCAAUACAUACCUUGAUCUCUUUCAAGGUAAUGGUCAUGAAAAUUAAGAACAGAACAACAAAUUGUUCAUUCAGGAGAAUGAACAGUUUAGGUGUGGGAGAUGGUAAUUUUCUGGCUAUGUUUUCUCUAUAAUAGUUUUGGAGUUGUUGACUAGCUUCUCUUUACUGGUUUGGAGAAACCUGUUGGUGGAUGUUUGUGUUUUUGUUCACAGGAAGAAGAAGAAAGUUUUUUUUCUUUUUCAACAAAACCUUAGAAAAAAUAACUUUCUUCUUUAAUGCUUUUUGCUGGAUGACAGAAUGGAGUGCUUUGGCAUGCUGAUAAGCGUAACUUUUUCUUUUUGUAUGUAAAUAGGCCAUGAAAUUGCAGAUCUAAGAUUAAUAGUUUGGUGCUAUAGCAACAGGUACUAAAAUUUUGUUGUGCUAGUGUGAGCACGUGAUUUUUGCGCCA